UAGAGUAAGCAUUAUUGCUGCUGGUUUUCAAUUGGACAUCAAUCUCCAUACAUGUAUGAAUCCACAUUAAUUAUGAAAGAGCUUGUAUUCCUAUAAAAGCGUUCUCCGUGUGGUAAGAUUAUACAGUCUGGGUGGUACACGCAUAAUUGACCUUAGUGACUUUAUAAGAAAUAUUUAUUAGGUUCACUAUGAAGCUGAUUAUCAUAGCGAUGUUGUUAUUUAUGAAAAUAAUUCAAUUGGACUGUUUUAAGAAGGAAAUCAUUCAAAGUUUUGCAAAUCGGAAUAAAUACAAUUGCAUCGUUUUCUUAACUGCGAUAACAAACGAAUUUUAUGCCCAAAAAACAUUGCUGGAAUUGACUAAAAGUUUAUCCAGCACUAUUCUGAUUCCAAUAAUUAUCAUAAAUUUAAAAACCGAGCGAAGAAAUCUCAAAUUAACGUCGGACAUCCAAGUUUGCUCGAAACCUCUAAUAAGCAUCGAUUCUGAAAAUUCGACGGAUAUAACAGAAAAUGAUGUCUUUUUCACCAGUCCAUUACCUGGUAGUCUCUGGCUUAUGUUCUUGCCAGAAAAUCUCAUAGUAGAACGGGUCUUUUCCGGAAUAAUUAUUCCUAUAAAUGUGGAAGUGAUAAUAACUAAGAAAAAUAACAGUGGCUACAAAUUUUGGCACAUGUAUCGACCAGGUCUUGAAUCGCCAUUAAUAAUGCGGUAUUAUGGUAAUUGGACAUUAUCGAACAGUUUAAUGGUCCCUCACCGAUAUUUGCUGUGGCAAAAAGUAACUCUAAAUGGAAUCACACUACGUGCUGCUACAUUUAAAAGUGAUCCAUUCGUCAACGUAUCAUUUAGGAUUAACCAUAAGUAUCUGAUGCUUACUUGGCUGAUUUUGGAAAAUUGUCUUAAUUUUACAACGAAAUACGUCCCUUGCAUUGAUAACAAGUGGGGUGAUUUCAAAACCAAUGGUAAUGUAACAAAGGGAACAGGUGUGAUAGGAAUGCUAAUAAGAAAAGAAGCUGAUGUAUCCCUUUUAGGGUUUAGUUUAACAUCUAAAAGAAUCAGAGUGAUAGCCUACAAUAUCGUACUCACUCAAACAAGAUUUCAAGUGUACAUCAAACGUGACCAGAAUGAAUCAAAACAUUGGAUUAGAUGGUGGUUCUCACCAUUAACUACAAACUCAUGGUACUGUGUUAUCUGCAAUGUUCUACUGAUAAUAGCAGUGCUGCAACUUUUCAGCUUUGUAAUCAAAAGAUUCCGAAUUGUAUGUCAACAAUAUCCCCUCGACGCUUUUUUUCAAAUUCUUACAAUAAUAUUCCAACAAGGUAUAAAUAACAUAAUAAAUUAUUUAAUGAAUAUUUCUUACAAGAAAGGUUACCCUGGUGACGCCCCGAAACAGGGUAUUUUUUUAAUAUGUGCAGAACUGCUCAAGAUACAUACGUAAAUUACACUUAUAAUUAUUCGUAAUUUCGAUUUUUUAGUAUACAUAAGUACGCUUUAGUCUUUUAAAAAGACAUGGAUGUUUUAAUUGUAU